AUGUUACAAAUCGCGUUCUGUGCAUCUAUUAUUUCUAUAGUGUCAACCUCACAAGUUUUUGAAGAUGAUUUUAAUUUGAACGACAUUUUGCGAUCGGAUUUAAUGCCAACAUAUUUUAUGGUUGAUGUAAAAAGUAAAAACAAUGUAAGCAAAAUUGUUAUCAGAAGUAGAAUGCAGUCAGUAAAUGGUUCAAUAGACGCAGCGCUCUCUACAUUGGAUUUCCACAGAAAAAUGAUGAACGAAUACCAAUGUCGUAACUAUAUCGCUGAACAAAUACUGGAUGAAAUGGGUAAAAACGUAUUACAGAACCGUUUUGGUAAACCGUUUGAAAAUGAUAAUAUAUUUAGCAAGAAAGUCUUGACACGGCGCUCACAUGAUUUAAGAGACAACGUUUUGCAUGAUGCGGGGUCUUCAAAUUACCAAGAGUGGUUGGCUAAGGUGAUGGCACUCAAUAAUGUAUAUCGACACUAUAAUUUAUCAGUCAAUCCUAACUUUAACGACACCGAUCAGGAUGAUGCAUUACAUCUUCCGCAACCCCGAGAAGGCUAUGAGGUUGCUGAAGCCACUGAUACGGCCCUUGGAGACACAGAUGGAAUUAUGUACGACGUUUCUAAACACAGUGGUGGCUACGAGUAUUCGAUGCCUCCCCCACCGCCACCAUUGUAUCACCACCCGUCGUCACAAGUACACGAAAUACACGAGGACUACGCAGUAGAGAAAGAAUAUCACGGGUUGGGCUUGGCAGACCUCUUCGACAUAUCCCUCACAGGCAUUGCUUUUUUGUCUUUUGGCAUGUUCGUGUUACAAGUGCUAAUGUGCAUUACAAUGAAUCAUCCGCAACCACAACUGAUGCAGGUAGUAGAUAACGCAGACACGGUUAACGUCGACGAUGUUUUUCGUAAUAAAAGAGAAUCUGACCCGCCUAAGCGAUCUAUUUCAACUCUCAAUAAUUUAGUCAAACACGCUCUGAUGGCAAUAAGACCUCAGACGACUUCGUGCAUGUAUCGUACACUAUGUAUGGGUAAUAAACAUGCGAGAAAUAUGCGAGAUAGGAACAAAUAUUGGCUGCCGUUAUGGCACGCGGGAGUUGCUUGGACACGCGGCGGUGGUCUCGGUGCGUUGCGAGCCUCAAUCCUAGGCCUUGGCGGAGCUGACUGCGAAGAAGUUUUUCCGAAGAAAUACUGUACUUAA